AUGGCGAUAUCUAACUCCGUGGCAAUCUGCGGGAUCUUCGCCGUCGUAAUCGGCUUGUCGUCCUGCGCCGCUGUGACGGCAUGGUCAGUCAUAGGACACCACCCAGCUUCAGUGGGGCAUCACCCAGCAGGCGUGGGUCAUCACCACCAUUAUUAUCACACCGCCAGCCCCCACAGCCAAUCUUUCAGCCAAGCUCCCUCUCAAUACGGUCACACUCAGUACAGUCCCGGUGACGGAUACAGUCACGACGAGCGCGACAUGCUGCGUCGGGUUGAAUCGGUGCGCCAGCAGCAGCAAGAGCGGGACAGUCAGCCACCACCGCUCUUCACCGCUGUGGCUGCCGCUGCUGCGUCAGGCGAACCCUUCCUCCUCGACUUCCCUCUCAAAAGGGCUUCUUUUGCUGCUGCUGCUGCCGCUACAACUGCUGCUACAACUGCUGCUACGGUUACUGCUACAGCUGCUGCUGCUACAGCCGGAGCAACUAGGCGGCAGCCCAGGAGAAGGCGAACAGUGAUCAUUGGGCCAGUCUCCCUGCAACGCGCCGCUACAGCCGCAGGAUACCAGCCGUCCAAGUCCCGCCCACAAGGCUCCUGCUCCUCGCUCAAGAAAGUCUACAUAAUCAACGUGACCUCUGCUGCUGAUUUCGCCGCCCGUGCCUCCCUCCCGCCCACCACCACUGUUAUUCUGUAUUUACGGAACGAUCUGACGCUGCCUAGAGGGUUGUUUUUCCGUCGGCAGCAGUCGUGCACGAUCCUCAUGUCGGCGAAAUGGCCCGGUUACACGCUCACGGGUGGUAACCCUAUGUACCCGGUGCUGCGCGUGUGGAACACAAACAACUUCCUGUCGCUGAACGUGAAUUAUAAGCUGCCGGUGACAGAAAGAAGCCCCGAGUGCACCACUGUGCCGGAGCUGGGGAAGGGAGUCACGUGCCCCGCGAUCUCUAUCCAUCGGGCCUAUGGCGUGCAGAUUGGCAAGGGCAACAUCUUUGGACGAGUGGACGUUCUAAGGAGCAUGGGUGUGCGCCUGGACUCACUCAAGGUCACCGGAGUGGCUUCCUUUGACAAGUCGCCUGGGGUGAUCCGAGUGGCCCUGUGUGGGUACGGGCCUUCGCUGCUGCAAGCCAACAUUGUCAUCUCCAACAACGAGGUGUAUGGUGUCAACACCCCAAUCGUCUUGCACAGGGGAGCAGUCGGUGUUACCGUUACCAACAACUACAUCCACGAUUAUAUAUUUGCGGGGAUUCGCUGCGGCGCGGACGUGCAUUACAGCGGAGACUGCAUGCUGACUCGCAUCAACUCCAACCUCGUGAUCUCCUCUGGGAGGAAUUUGAACGGGGACUAUGACUCGGCAGGGAUCUACUAUUGCACGCACUGGUUCAACCCUGGGAACUCCGCCCUCUGCAACUACGUGUUUAACGGCGACCACUGCUACUAUCUGGAUUACUGCACGUCGGGCGUGCUUGUGCGGGGCGGCGCGUGUGUGAAUACAUAUGACGGCAUGAAAGUGAAUAACGGCAAGAGGAACGUGAUAAAGCACGUGGCGAUGAAGGGCACACAAGGGUCGCUGGGAUGGACGUCGUGCCUCACAGUGACUGUCAACAACUGCUUGAAGGACCCCGGGGACUACUGGGAGAGGAUGCGCGUCAAGUACUACAACAGCGACCGCAUCAACCGGCUAUGGCCUUGGAUGAAGAACGUGUGCAAGGAGACAUCGGCCAAUGGUGGCGUGCCAUGUAACCCGCCAGGUCAGCCUGGUGCUGACGUCACCGGAGCAUGCAGCGGCUUGGGAACCGACAAUCUCAUCGACGUUGUAGCAGUCAACACCACCGAUUACGCGUCGGAAUUGAAAGAGUCGAGAAGUAGUAGGGAAGCCGACACGGAAAACAGAGGCGCACAGAGUAAAUACGGUUCGCAGUAUGAAGAAUUAUGGAGCCUCGAGUCGCGCUUAGACUACGAGACCGCGCCGCCAUGGAAUCAGGAUGAUUAUGCGGAGCCUAUGUCGCAAGGGGAGGGGGAAGAGGAAGGGGAGGGGGAGGGGAAAGGGGACGGCAUAGCGGCCGGCAAGGGAAAGAAAGCGGAAGUAGCCGGAGAGUUUAAUUUAGAGUCCUUGGAGGGGUUGGGUGAACGACUCGGGGACAGUGAGGGCAGUGGGGGCAGUCGUGGGGAAGGGCAACGGGGAGGCGGAGGGGGAGCAGGAGGGGGAGGGAGAGGGGAAGGCGGCGGAGAAGGAAGGGGAAGGGGAAAGGGAGGCGGGAGGCGGAGAGGGGAGCAGCGGCGGUACAAGGGGGACCUUGCGGGCGGGCUGUUGGUGCGGUGGCAUGGCGGUACAGGCGCGAGUGACCAACCCAGUGACUCGACCUCAGGUGGUGACUCGUGGCAAGGUGGUGGUGAUUCAAGCAACGGUGGUGCUGGUGAUGGCGAUGCUGUUGCCACUGCUGCUGCUGUAGGUGCUGGUGCUACUGGCGGUGGUGCUGCUAGCGGUGAUGUUACUAGCGGUGGUGCUAGUAACAGUGGUGGCAACGGGGAUAGGCAAGACAGGGACUGGUUUAUGAGAGAGUGGGGGCGCAGCGGUAUGGUGCAAGAUGGUGCUGCGAACGAUGGGGCUGAUGAUGAUGCUGAUGGUGCUGAUGGUGAUGAUGGUGAUGAUGGUGAUGAUGGUGAAGGGCGGGUUGCUGUUGCUACUGCUGUGGAUGUUAGUUCGAGUAACGGUGGUGAUAGCACCAUCAGUCGUAGCAGGGGUGGUGGUGGUAGCAGCAGCAGGGGGGGGGACGACAGGGACUGGUUCAUGAGAGACUGGGGGCGCAGCGGUAUGGUGCAAGAUGCCGCUGAGAUCGAUAGGGAUGGUGAUGGUGGUGAUAGUGCCGAUGGGCGUGUUGUUGUUGCUGCUGCUGUGGAUGAUAGUGCUAGUAACGGUGGUGGUAGCACCACUAGUCGUGGCAGGGGUGGUGGUAGUGGCAGCAGCAGAAACGAAGGGGGAGACAGGGAUUGGUUUAUGCGAGAGUGGGGGCACAGCGGUAUGGUGCUAGAUGGUGCAGUGACCGAUGCUGAUAAUAAUGGUGCUGGUAGUGAUAGUGAUGGUGAUGGCAGUGUUGCAGUUGCUGCUGCUGUGGAUGAUAGUGCUAGUAACGGUGGGGAUGACAGUAGAGAAGACAGGGACUGGUUCACGAGGGAGUGGGGUCACAGCGGCAUGGUGCAGGAUGGUUCUGCGACCAAUGGGGGUGAUGGUGAUGAUUCGGAUGCUGAUGAUGAGGAAAACGGUGUAAGCAGCCACGCUUUUAGGGAUGAAGGCAGGAAGGAUAAUCCCAUGGCUACAGUAGCAUCCGCGUUUGAAGCAGCUUCUGCUGGUGCUGAUGUUUCUUACUAUGAUGCGGAUUAUGGAGUCAGCAGUCAAGGCUUAAGGGAUGAAGGCAGGGAGGAAGACCCUAUGGCUACAGUAGCAUCUGCGUUUGAAGCCGCUUCUGGUGGUGCUGAUGAUACUGCUGCUGCUGAUUAUGAUGAUAAUUAUGAUUAUGGAGUCAGCGGUCAAGGCUUAAGUGAUGAAAACAGGGAGGAGGAUAACCCCAUGGCUACAGUAGCAUCCGCGUUUGAAGCAGCUUCAGGUUUCGACUAUAGGAGUGACAGCAGCAGCAGCAGCAGCAGCAGCGGUGAUAGUAACGAGAGUGAUAUCAUCAGCGGUGAUAGAAGCGAAGGUGCUAGAAUGGUAGCUAUGGCAGCACGAGACGUUGCCGAGGCUCGCACCGAGCCUAGCCUAGGUGCGGGUCCGAACCUGGUGUGGCCUCUGGACGACAGAGGUAACCAGGUCAGCAGGUACGGUAGAAAUGACGAUGGUUCUGGUGACUCUGCGCUUGAUGCUGCUCCUGGUGAAUCUGAUGUGGGGAGUGCUGCUGCUAAUGCGGACGGCAUGGGGUGGAGCAAUGAGUACGGAUUAGAGAAAAGCGAAAAGAGUGAAAAGAGUGAAAGGAGUGAAGGGAGUGAAAAGGGUUCUGGACUAUUCACACCCAUGUUUGGCCCGAAGUUUACAGAUGCAGAAUUGACAGCACUGGCUGCAAGGGAUGCGGCCGGGGCUAUUGGGCACCCGGGGUUGACCCCUCAACCCCGGUCAACUGACUCAACCAAGUCAACCGAGUCAACUGAGUCAAUCAAGUCAACCGAGUCAACGGAUGAAGAGCUAGUAGCAAUGGCUGCAAGAGAUGUGGCCGGGGCUAUUGGGCACCCGGGGUUGACCGCUCAACCACGGUCAACCGAGUCAACAGAGUCAACAAAGGGGAGCUCUGGCUUGGGGCCUUUCACUUGGCCUUUGGAUGUUUCUGGCACUGUUGACUCUGCUGGUGCUGGUGAUGCUUAUAACGAGGAUGGUUAUGGUGGAGUGCUUGAUGCUGCUGCUGUUGAUGGAGCUGACACUACGGAGAGGAGCGGAAGUGACUAUAAGGAGGAUGUGGUUAAAGAGGAGAGUGACAAUAACGGGGAUGUGACUGAACGGGGUCGUGAUUAUAUGGCUCUUGCUGCUAAGGACGUCUCGUUUGCGCUCAUUCCACGUGGAAGCAGCCCAUUGGACGAGAAGAGAGGGGGGAAAGGGGACAAGGAACAGUGGAACAAGGAGGGGGCAGCGGAGGGAGGUGUAGGGGGAGCAGAGGAAGGGAGUGUGAAGGAAGCAAAGGGAGGGAGUGUGAAGAGGGAAAGGGUAGAGAAGAUGAAGGAAGCAGAGGGAUGGAGGGUAGAGGGGGCAGCAGCAGGGAGGGUUGAGGGAGCAGCAGCAGCAGCAGGGGGAGGGUUCAAGCGCCAUCCUAUCACACCCAUGCAACCACAACGCAGCAGCAGCAGCAGCAAACAAAGCAGCGGUCAAGGCAGCAGAGGCGCUACGAAACAACGCUUGCCGGCCAAGCUCAAAGGCCCCGUCCCGUUCCCAUUCACCAUCCUGCCGCCCACAACCAACCCCAUGGCCGGCAUUCUCACGUGGCCCGUCACUUCAGUCCAAAACAGCAACAGUGCCGGCGACACCUCACCACCCCCCUCCUCCUCCCAGAAUCCCUCCCCUUCUCGCCAGCCCGCUGUCAAACGGCCGAAAGGCGGCUGCACGAGCCUUAGAGCAGUCUACGUCCUAAACAUCACCACUCCCGCCGAUUUCAACCUCCGGUUACAAAUCCCUCCCAACGUAACCGUCGUCAUGUACCUUCAAAACAACCUAGUGCUCUCCUCGGGAUUGGUGUUCGGCGUGGGGUUUUCGUGCUCGCUGCUCAUGUCUACGGUCGGGAUGUGGCCUGGGUAUACCAUAGAGUAUCCCGGGAGUGACAUGCCAGCUUUUAAGGUGGAGAAUGCGAGUAACAUCGUGUCAGUGAAUGUGAAUUGGAAGGUGGGGGUGGCACCGGGGUCGGCGGCGUGUGUGGGGUUUCAAGGGGCGGACAAGACGUCAGUAUGUCCGGCGAUCGCCAUUCACCGAUCGUACGGCGUGCAAGUGGGAGCGGUGAGAAUCGACCUCGCCUCCUCUUCCCUCACCUCCCUUGCUACCAUCUUUCCGCCAUCAGUCUGCGUCUGCUCUGACGGCAGCCUCCAUCCAUUGCCUCCCCUGCCACCCCUGCUCCUUCCCUCUCCUCCAUCCGUUGCCUCCCCUGCCACCCCUGCUCCUUCCCUCUCCUCCAUCCGUUGCCUCCCCUGCCACCCCUGCUCCUUCCCUCUCCUCCAUCCGUUGCCUCCCCUGCCACCCCUGCUCCUUCCCUCUCCUCCAUCCGUUGCCUCCCCUGCCACCCCUGCUCCUUCCCUCUCCUCCAUCCGUUGCCUCCCCUGCCACCCCUGCUCCUUCCCUCUCCUCCAUCCGUUGCCUCCCCUGCCACCCCUGCUCCUUCCCUCUCCUCCAUCCGUUGCCUCCCCUGCCACCCCUGCUCCUUCCCUCUCCUCCAUCCGUUGCCUCCCCUGCCACCCCUGCUCCUUCCCUCUCCUCCAUCCGUUGCCUCCCCUGCCACCCCUGCUCCUUCCCUCUCCUCCAUCCGUUGCCUCCCCUGCCACCCCUGCUCCUUCCCUCUCCUCCAUCCGUUGCCUCCCCUGCCACCCCUGCUCCUUCCCUCUCCUCCAUCCGUUGCCUCCCCUGCCACCCCUGCUCCUUCCCUCUCCUCCAUCCGUUGCCUCCCCUGCCACCCCUGCUCCUUCCCUCUCCUCCAUCCGUUGCCUCCCCUGCCACCCCUGCUCCUUCCCUCUCCUCCAUCCGUUGCCUCCCCUGCCACCCCUGCUCCUUCCCUCUCCUCCAUCCGUUGCCUCCCCUGCCACCCCUGCUCCUUCCCUCUCCUCCAUCCGUUGCCUCCCCUGCCACCCCUGCUCCUUCCCUCUCCUCCAUCCGUUGCCUCCCCUGCCACCCCUGCUCCUUCCCUCUCCUCCAUCCGUUGCCUCCCCUGCCACCCCUGCUCCUUCCCUCUCCUCCAUCCGUUGCCUCCCCUGCGACCCCUGCUCCUUCCCUCUCCUCCAUCCGUUGCCUCCCCUGCCACCCCUGCUCCUUCCCUCUCCUCCAUCCGUUGCCUCCCCUGCCACCCCUGCUCCUUCCCUCUCCUCCAUCCGUUGCCUCCCCUGCCACCCCUGCUCCUUCCCUCUCCUCCUCCCGUUGCCUCCCCUGCCACCCCUGCUCCUUCCCUCUCCUCCAUCCGUUGCCUCCCCUGCCACCCCUGCUCCUUCCCUCUCCUCCAUCCGUUGCCUCCCCUGCCACCCCUGCUCCUUCCCUCUCCUCCAUCCGUUGCCUCCCCUGCCACCCCUGCUCCUUCCCUCUCCUCCAUCCGUUGCCUCCCCUGUGACCCCUGCUCCUUCCCUCUCCUCCAUCCGUUGCCUCCCCUGUGACCCCUGCUCCUUCCCUCUCCUCCUCCCGUUGCCUCCCCUAGGAGACGUGGUUUGGAGCAUGAACGGCACGGUCUAUGGCGGAGUAGACGUGGUGCGGAGCAUGAACGGUACAGUGUACGGCCGAGUAGACGUUGUUCGGAGCAUGAACGUGAGGGUCGAUUCCCUCAAGAUCACAGCCCCAUCCCUCCCCUCCGUCGCCUCCCCCGCGCACAUCCGCGUCGCGCUCUCCGGCAUCGGCCCCUCCCUCCUCAAAUCGAACGUGCUUAUAACGAAUAACGAGGUGUACAACGCGCGGAUCGGCAUCGUUUUGCACCGGGGCGCGGUGGGGGUGGCGGUGGCGAGUAACUACGUGCACGGGUUCACAAGCGCGGGCAUCAUGUGUGGCGCCGGGCCGCGAUUCGUGGGCGACUGCAUGCUCGUGAAUGUCUCUAACAACGUGGUGCAGGCUCCCUGGGGCGCCAUGCCUGGUGCUGGGAAGGCCAUUGGGAUCGUGUUUUCCACUCACUGGAUCAACCCAGGUAACACUGCAUCAUGCAACUAUGUCGUCAACGGCGGCAUCUGUUAUGACCUGGACACCCAAUGCAGGCACUCAAGGUGUUGUCCUCAUCCUUCCUCUCCCCUCUCCUCUCCCCCCAACGUUCCUCCAGGCAACAUUGCGUCAUGCAACUACAUCGUCAACGGCGCGCUCUGCUAUGACCUGGACGCGCAGUCAUCGGGUGUUUUGGUGUGGGGGGGUGCAUGCAUGUACGCGAAGCAAGGCGUGAGGAUCAACAACGGGAAGAUGUGA